AUGAUGGAGCCGACCACCAAGCCGACCCACCCACCCAAAGACGACCCAAUCUCGGUCGAGGACCUCAAGCAGUACGAUGGUACCGACGAGUCCAAGCCCGUGUACGUCGCUGUCAAGGGAACCGUCUUUGACGUUUCGCCCAAGCGGGAGAUGUACGCUCCCGGCAAAGGAUACCAUAUCUUUGCAGGCAAGGACGGCUCGCGCGGACUGGGCAUGUCCUCGCUCAAGCCUGAAGACGCCGUUCCGGACUACAGCACGCUCGACGACAAGCAAUUGAAGGUGCUCGAUGACUGGCACUCGUACUACACCAAGCGAUACAACAUCGUCGGCAAGGUAAAACAGUCGUAG